AUCAUUGAUUUGUAUCCACUGUGUCUUAAAUACCUCUGCUCGAGGGGUGGGUGCAUGCGUGUGCAUGUGUGUGUGUGCUAGUUACUAGUCCUCCCAGGAGGACAAUACUCCCUGAGUUGGUGAGCUAAGUACAAGUAGAAGUAGUAUACUAGACGCAGAGAAACAGAAAAGAAGAGGAAAUGAGGAAGUCCCGUACUCUGGAAACGUACAGUGUUUGUGACAGGAACUACGUUCUAAUUGAGAGAUUAAUUUGGAUUUCAACUUAUAUUUUUAUUGCAGGUGAGUUACCUGUUUCCUGAAUUUAAGCUACAGGUAGGGGGGUUGCCACUGUGGACCCUUCCCUGUUUGGUCGCCAAACCUGUUGCUUGAUCUAUGGGUUGUGAGUGUUGUAACCUUGCACAUCAGGGUUCCCAGCUGAACCCUAUCAAACCUCAGAGCAUUAACUGGGAAUUCUUAAGUAAUCAGUAUAAAUACUAAAUACAAUUUGUUUGACUUUGGACUUGCAAAUCCUCUCUAUACUUGAGUGGGGGUAAGAUUAACUUUUUUUUUUCUUCUUAUCAGCCUUGGCCCUGUUUUGGGUUCCUUAUGAUUGUUCAGAUGAAUUAUGAAAUUUAUUUUUCUCUCUAGGUCAAUCCUUUGAGAUGCUUAAAGCUCUCCGUAAAACAACUUUGUUGGAGAAUUGAUCAUGCAAGAAAAGUUCUUCAGCUUCAAGGGCCAGAUCUGUAUUAUGUUGUGGACUAGACCAGAGCUUGGAACCUGAUGGUUUCUUGUAUGGAUACUGUCCCCUAGCUCAGGUUUUUAUCUGGGAGACUUAUAGAGCCUCAGUUUGAGCCAGUGGACUCAAAGUACACAGGACCAGUAUCUUCAUUGUCAAGAUAGCUUCAGUCAGUGAUGGUUGGGUCAUAAGAUUGUGUAUUCCUGUGAGCUGCCGAAACAAAGAAAGGGUCAAACAACAGUUUUGUGUGAUAAAGUGCCUUGCUCAGUAUCCUAACAAUACAAGGAGUCUUGAGUCAUGGGAGGCUAUAAUCUCUCUUCCGAGCCUAGGGGAUCAGGAUGGAGGCUCUCAUUUUAGUAAGAAGCAGGAAAUAGAAAGCAGGUACACAUCAUAUUUGACAUUGUAGUGGUGAUGUGAAGUAUCAAAAACAUAAGACUUGGAAGCACCAAGUUUCACCCAUCAAAAUUAUGAGCCAGCAGAUGCUCAUAGUUCUUCAGUUUUAUUUCACUGGGCAGAAAAUCAUUUCAAUGGCUUCCUAAUAGACCACGUAGCAGCUCACCCCAAUAUUAAGGCUGAUUUGAUGUAGUCAACUCUUGGAAAAUAUGACUUUCACGUUGAGAUGUUCAUGAAACAUUAUGAAAGGCAGGAGAAGUCCAGAAGUAAAUUUGUUCUCUUUUAGCAAGAAUCACAAGCUACCUUUAACAAAUACAGAGACUUGGACAAUUUUUCCCCAAUGGCCUAGACAAGAACCUAGAAGCUAUAGUUGAUACAUCAGAGGAAGAAUUUUGGAAACUCAUGCUGAUAAGUGACAGUCAAAGUUCUAAGUGCUCAGGUUUUCUGCUGGUUGAGCUGAAAACUUGCAUAGAUCCAUUGUGCAUCAAUGGAAGAUCAGUUUAAAAUUCUUACGUUGUCUUUUUUCCUCUUUUCCCCCCAAAGCUUCCUUUUAGUGGCUUAGGCAGAAAGGACAAGUGAGAAUUUCUUUGGUGAAGCCAUUUUUCUAGUUUGACAUAGACAAAAUAAUGUAGAAUUAUCCUUAAUUUUCACUUUGAUUGAUCGAUCCAUCAGCCCUCACAUCAUUUGUGUUGUUCUAGCCAGUCCGUCAGCCACCCACUGGCCAAGCUGUCAGUGACACCAGACACCCGAUUGGCCUUGUGCACCGCAGCCCAGAACCCCUGAGUGAUCUGCCAGCCUCAGUGCCACCAUUCCCGACGUAUCCUUAAUUUUUUUUUAAAUCAAUUUUCAAUUUGUCUAGGGUCACAAGAUUAUUUUGUGGGUCUUUAUGUCCCACAACAUUAUUUUAUAUUUUGUAGAUAAGGGGCUUUCAAAAUGUACCUGGAGGACUAUUUAAGCAGCAUAGAACGGGAAAGAAAAGUGUAUUACAAUAUCUAUAAAGUCAACAACAAAGCUUUACCAGGUUUCAUUAGAAUUGUUCUAUAAAGGCAUUUGGAAUGUCUUGAGUCUUUGAUAGGAUGCUUCAAUGCAAUAAAUUUAUUAAAACGCUACAUAGAGUUCUGUUCAUUCCUCCACUGACUCUGUGUGUCUAGAAGUCUGGUCUUCUGCAGAAGUAACUUCCGACAGAUGAGUUCUCCAGGCACUGCUUCACCUUCAAAUUUUCGCUUUACCUUUGUUGCAUUGCUUCUUAGUCAAGGGAGUCCUAGGUUGAGAACAGCCAACUUUAUAGAAUGAACAAUUUUUUGUUACUUAAAAUGUUUGGAUGGCAUUUGUAAAUUGAAUUUAAUCAGUCCAGAAUACUACCUUUUCUCUUGAUUCUGUUGUCUUUUUUUUUUCUUUUUCCUUGUGUUUAAUUUUACAGUUAUGUGGUUUCACAAGUGAAUGAUUACUGUAGUGGAAUUUCUUAAACUGAGAGAGAUGACACUUACUGUGAUCUUGAGCAAUCUUUUUGGUUUUCUUUCUUCACCUGCUGGCAGAAACACUCAAUCCAACAUCCCCAGAAGAGUGCAGUCUAAUUUAAAGAAAUAAUAUUUGCAAGUAGGAAAAAUUCCUGAUUACCUGGCAUGGCAUCAUUGCAACAUACUUUCGAGAAUGUUAAACACAUAAAGAUCAGUGUGCAUCCAACCUCAUCUAUCCAGGUUUCAAGCUCAGGAACAGACAACUUAACAAUCUAUGAAUCUCAUACAACACCUUUUGGGUCAGAAUUAAAGAAAGAAGAGAAAACCCUGAGGAACCUCGUGGAGAUUCUGCAGGAUAUGAUGCAAGAUGUUCCUACACAGCGCACACCAACUGAACAAACAAUCAUUACACCCAAAAUAGUGAAAUCGUAUGUUAAUGGAAGUAUUGACUCUUUUUGGUUAAAUGUGGGCCAAAAACAUGAUAGAAAGCCACAGAAGUCAAAGAAAAAGGCUGCUGUUACAAGAAAAUUUACUACAUCUACAACAACCCCAUUUUGGAGUCUGCGAACUGGCACAGAAGUUUCUGUCCUUUUACAUACUAAUGAGUCGUCUAGCUCAACAACACCACUGAAAAAAAUAUUUAUUACAUUUGAAAAUGCUGUUUCAAAAAGAAAAAGAAAGACUUUUGACCAGUUAACAAAUGGAUCCCUGGAAAAUCUAGUUCAGUCUUUAAAGAAUGUAAAAAAACUCAAAGAAACAGAAAACAUCACCAAAAAAGCAGAAAAACUGAAACAUAUUGCAAAGGUGAAAAAGCUACGUGUAUAUGACAAGGUGAAACAUCGACCUGCAGGUGAAGCAAUCUUGGAAAAGAUUGAAAAGCUAAAAAAAUUGUUACAGAAGCCACCAGAUUAUGUUAAACAAAAUCCACAUCUCAAAGAGUAUGUUGAAUCAUCUGAAAACUAUAUAACGAAAUCUCUUAUGCUGGAAAAAGAAGCAGAGGCUUCACUAGGUCUGCUGUAUCACCGACCUAAGCCUUCACCUCCGAAAGAAAAGGUAGAACAGAACACAGAAGUAGUAGAACAGGACACAGCAGAAAUCAGAAAGUUAAGAGCAUUUAUUAAUCUGCUGUAUGAUUUUAGUCCUCAGCUAACUACAUAUAUUGAUAGUUCUAACAAGAAAUAUGUCCCAGAGGAUAUUAGUGUAAAAGCUAUUGCUGUUCUUGAUGCUAUGAAACAUGUUUUCUGUGGAAGUCAGGCAGAGCAAAACAAAAAGGUGUUGAAGAAGUUGCUAGAGGAUGAUAUAAAGCUUUUAAACAUAGUUCUUAAGAACCACGAAUAGACUCUUAAAAAUAGUUAUUUAUUGGUACUCUUCAUUGCAUUUACUUUAAUUUUAAAGUUCGAUUUUCUAGUUUGUCAUUGUCAUCUAGACCUGAUCUCUGUUGUAACAAUAUUCAUCUCAGUAAUUAAACACCAUUUUUAAAAAAUGUUCAUUUUCAGUGUUUACCAUGAUGGGUUGUUGACCUUGGAUAAGCUUAUUCUGUUGUUAAAUUUGUGUUGGCAUCUGAAUGAAUUAUGCUUAGAUAUAUUGUUAGUUUAAAAUUUUGCAAUUUCCUUUUGUAAGGGUUGUUCUGCAAUGCCGCUGUAAUACAUACCACUUAGUGUAGAGGGCUGAAGUAAAGCUUUUAGUCUUUUAAUGUUUAUUUGUUAAAAUUAAAUAACACCAAAUAGAUCGACACUCUUGGGCUAGUGACUCUCAACGAUAGGAAUGCAAAGGGGGUUACUCUGGUACAGGAUAGUGGUUCCUGUAGCUACCAAAUAAACGUCAAGGAGCAACCCUGGGCUCCCUGUUCUUGUUCACAAGUAGAGAAAGCCCUAACUGCAGUCAAACUACCAUGGUUCUGAUACAUGGGGAAGGAAGUGGGCUGCAAAGGGGGCUUCUUGGAGCACUCCGUAAGAACUUAAGAACGGCCAUACUGGAUCAGACCAAAGGUCCAUCUAGCCCAGUGUCCUGUCUUCUGACAGGGGCCAAUGCCAGGUACUUCUGAGGGAAUGAACAAAACAAGUAAUCAUCAAGUGAUCGA